AUGGUCACCCUUCGCGAACGCCCGUCCCGGGAGAUCGAGGACUUCUUCAUUCCGACGGAACGAAGAAGCUCACUUCGUUCACAAACUUACUCUUCCCCCACAUCAACAGCCAAUCACUUAUCAUCAGCCUUAUACAUUGGCUCUGAUCAAUCUCCCUCGAGAAAAAGAGACAAGGUCGUUUAUAUGGACGGUGGCGGACCCGAAUCCGAGUCUGAGAUCCACCCAUCACCAACAAAGCGCCCAAGAGCCAACAAAGCCAGGGCCAACAAGGCCAGACUGAGUUAUCCAUCUCCACCUUCCGAAGUCGAAAGCAUAAAGACUCCAUCUGUGAAGUCAGAAGCUAUGCCGGGAACUGUCCUCCUCGAUCUUCCACUCGAGAUUCAUCAAAACAUCAUUCAAUUUCUCCCUGGUGACGAAGACGUCAACCACUAUGGCGCCUCAUGCAAGGCACUUCGGGCAUAUGUUGGUCCCAUUGUCUGGCAGAUGAGAUUCCUGAAAACCUUUGAUGGUAUCCCAGGUGCAGGUACGGUCAACCUACAGGCCCAAUACAAGAAACGGAGAGGCAUCGCAAUCAGAUUCGCCUCAUUUGAAAAUGGCACGUUGUCUCACCAAAAGGCUUGCCUUGAUAUGCUGAAGGAAAUGAUUAUUGAGUCGAAUGGUCACAUUGUUCGAGACGCAUAUGACAACGAAACUGUCAGCGGUCUCAACCACCGCUUCUUCUUGAAAUAUUUACAAUAUACCGGUCACGAUGUUCGACCCAAAGGAACCGACCUGCUACUCAAUAUUGCGGGAACACGAUAUGACUUCACACCCAAGAAGAAACCACCACGACAAGAGAGACUCGCGAUGGUGGUUAGACUCUGCUUCAUUCAUCUCCUUUUGCAUCCUCAAAUAUGCAAUAUCAAGACCAAUGUAUUCCUUGCAUCACAAGAGCAGGUCUAUAAGUGUUUUAUUGAAGCCCCCUUGUUUCUAGGACGAAACAAGAAUGAAAUCAACAUUCUGUGGUUUUUACACACGGCGAACUUCUUCAAAUUCCAUUUUAAGACGCCUGAUGGAGAAGGCAUUCUGGCUCAUAUGUAUGAGCAGCUUGACAAGAGCGAGUUGCCAAUGGCUUGGUCUGGCAAACUGAAAAGUGGAACGCAGAAGCUUGGCCCAUAUUGGAAAGGGGCAUUCACCUUUCUCCACGAAGAAGAUCUGGAGGUGUAUCGUCUUGGAGAAAAUUAUCAGAAUAUUGUCGAUGAGACGACAGAUGGGAACAAUGGGUUCCAGGAUCUCACGUUGUUUUCAGACCUGAGAAGCACCCCCCAGUUGGCAUGUCCGCCGGAAAUGGAGGUGUGGUUGAAAGCGGGCCCGAAAGGAGAAUAUACGGACAAAGUUAGUGGAGAGAAGGUGAUGCCGAAGGUCCAAGACUUUUUCGGUCUGGGUCGGAGCGACGUCGACUACCACCUCCAUGGUCGCAUGCAUGGCCUUCCACCCCAGGAAGGAAUUCCAGGCUUCCAGCGUGUCUCAAUGCUGAAGUAUCUUCCUUGUAUCCACGGGACGUAUGGCACUGGUCUCACGAGUUUCUGGGCAUAUGAGGGUUGCGUGCUUCCCGGCAACCAAAUCAUGUUGGGGAGAUGGUGGUGCCCGACCGGAACAGUGGAGCGUGGUCACACAUACUGCGGGCCAUUCAUCUUUUGGAGAGUUUCAGGCUCUGUGGAAGACAAAAUGAGAACCACUGACGAUGCACUGAAGUUCUUGGAUCGCGUCGAGGAGAAAACGGUCGGAUAG